UUCUCGACAUAUUACCAUCUUUAUUCAUCUAGGGUCCAUCAACGUCCAUAAUCUGAAUAUUUUUUGAUGGUAUGAUGGGACAUGCGACGCCUUCGACAUAAUCGCCCCAUCGAGGAAGAUACAGCGACGCGUCGCAAGUAAUUAAGCCAUCGAUAUGUCAAACCAUCCAUCGCAAACCCCCGGCGCUGGGCCACCGAGUGGUAGUAUGGGGAUGCCAACAGGACAGCAACAGCCGCCUAUCCCUCCACCUGUACAAAACAUGUCCCAGCAAAACUUGAAUCAAAUUGUAAUUGAGUACCUAAUGAAAAAGGGCUAUUUGAGGACGGAACAGGUUCUUAGACAAGAAUCAGCCCAAGUCGACAAGGAUGGCCGUCCCAUUUUUGGCCGAGACGAGUAUGGAAAUGAAAAAUAUAUACGAGGGUUUGAGCUGUUGAGCUCGUGGAUCGAUUCAAAUCUUGACAUAUACAAGUUCGAACUCAACCGUCUCCUGUGGCCAGUUUACGUCUAUUCAUUCAUUGAACUUAUUACCGACAUGUUCACUGAAGACGCAAAGAAGUUUCUCCAACAAUUCCGACCGCGAUUUGAAAAGAAUCACGCAGAUGAACUUCGCAUUUUUGAAACGAUCUCGCUCAAAUCUCACGUCCUCGAAAACCCCGUCGCGAAGCUUUACAGAGAGAACAAAUAUCGCAUUCCACUGAACGCCCACGUGAACUUCAACCUAAUCAGCUUCUUGGAGGGACAAGGCAAGAAGGGCGGAAGCAUUGUCCUCAACAUCCUACAGACAUACUGCCAAGUAGUUGAGACGUCUCGUGGGCCAAUCGACCAAUAUAGCUUUGAGGCUAUUGUCAACCGUGCUCGUGGCGUCGGGGUGGAUGAAGUUGUGGACCUUCAAGAAGGCAUUCCGGGAGGGUUUACUGGAGUCAGCAACCAGGAUCUUGCGAAUAAUGAUGCCCCUGUCCGGCUGGGCCCGCUCCAGACCGAGACAGAGCUGACGGACGAUGUGCGAGCCGAGCUUCUUGAGGCCGAUACCAAGAACCCUCCUGCACCAGGCCAACAAUCGUUGGUAGAAGCCUAUGAGCAAAAGAUCAAGCGGGAAGAAAGCGCCGAUGCCAUACUUCGCACCGAAAUACCCCUUCCGCCGUCAAAGGCUCGCGAUGUGGUCAUGGAAGUCCAAAAAAUGAAAGAAAGCAGGGACCGCUUCAAGAUUGAAGGCCGUACAGGGGGAGUUGGUCCAGCUGUUUCUGUCUGCAUGUUCACUUUCCAUAACACUCUUGAUACCAUUACCUGUAUGGAAUUCUCGGAUGACAACAACCUUGUGGCGAUAGGCACGGAGGAAUCAUACAUUCGAGUCUGGAACAUGCAUGGGGAAGCACUGAAGUCGACACUUUCAGGAGGACCCAGCGAUGCACCACCUUCGAAUUCUCGUCGUCUCAUCGGCCAUUCCGCCUCUGUCUACAGCGUCUCCUUUGCUCCUUCUAUUGCUGGUCCUGAGGGUCCAUCCAGUGCUGUGCCAUCCACUGGAUCCAACCUUCUCCUCUCGUGUUCAUCGGAUAAGUCCAUCAGGCUUUGGUCUCUCGAUGCUUGGACAUGUCUUGUCGUUUACAAAGGCCACGAAGGCCCAGUCUGGAAUGUCCGCUGGGGUCCAUUUGGACAUUACUUUGUGAGCUGUGGUUGGGAUAAGACGGUGCGAGUCUGGACUCAAGACCAUAUCUCUUACGUCCGCAUGUUGGUCGGCCAUGACUCCAGCGUCAACCAGAUUGCUUGGCAUCCGAAUAACGCAUAUGUCUUUUCUGCGUCGGACCAAGUCGACAAGACGGUCCGCAUGUGGUCCGUAGUCACCGGCCAAUGCGUCCGCAUAUUCAACGGACACACCGACUUCAUAUCCACGCUCGAGUGCUCUCCAAGCGGGAAGAUCCUUGCUUCUGCUGAUGGCGGCGGCUCUAUCAUUCUCUGGGACUUGGCCAAGGGCACGCAAAUCAAGCGCUGCCGUGGCCACGGCAAGGGCGGUAUUUGGUCGCUGUCUUUCAGUGCGGAGAGCACAGUUCUUACCUCCGGUGGCGCCGAUGGCACGGUUCGAAUCUGGGAUGUCGAAGUCCCGUCUGACCCAUACAAGGGUAGCGAUGGCGAUCUGAUCGGGUCAAGCAACCAGCCAGACGCUACUCGCAUUACUGCCAACGGGACUGCUGGUGCGCAAAGUGCGGCUCCUUCAGGUGGAAGCAGCGGGGCCAUGACGGGUGUUACGACGGGCAAGAAGAAGGGGAAGGAUAUGGUUAUCACGCCGGACCAGAUUAGCGCGUUCCCGACGAAGAGGAGCCCUGUUUACAAGGUCAAGUUCACGAGGAUGAAUCUCGCUGUUGCUGGAGGGUGCUACUUGCCUUAGAUGAGAAGUUUGUGUUGGUGGUGGAAAUAAUUCGGAGUUGCGAUGUGAUAUUUAGCUGGAGGUGGCAGGCAACAAGGCAUCAGAAUGGUCGUUUUUCGUUGAGUUCGUUUUAUGCCCAUAGCAGAUUCCGGGCUGUCCAAUGCUAGAGUGACCGUUAGGAUCGGAAAGAGUGAUA